GAAAAAAAACCCAAAAUCAAAAUUGAGGGAGAAAUCAAUCAUCAUUUUCCUCCUUGUAAAAUACCAUUCUGAUUAUCUAAUCACAGAUCUCCAAUUCCCCCCUUCAGAUCGUCUCGUAAUUCACCUUCUCCAGAUCUCCUCGAUUCCAUUAUACACACACACACACACAUAUAUAAUAUAUAUACAAUAAAAUUAACACACCGCGGAUCUGAUCGAGCUCAGUCGCUUUCUCACGGUUACAAAUCAUGAAUCCGUUUUCCUCCGGGACGCGUCUACGGGACAUGAUUCGGGCAAUACGUGCUUGCAAAACUGCUGCAGAAGAGCGUGCUGUUGUUAGAAAAGAAUGUGCGGCUAUUCGUGCAGCAGUUAGCGAUAAUGAUAAUGAUUAUAGACAUCGAAACUUGGCAAAGCUCAUGUUCAUUCACAUGCUAGGAUAUCCCACACAUUUUGGUCAAAUGGAAUGCCUCAAGUUAAUAGCAGCUCCUGGGUUCCCUGAGAAGAGAAUAGGAUAUCUUGGACUUAUGCUGCUUCUUGAUGAAAGACAAGAAGUUUUGAUGCUGGUCACCAAUUCACUAAAACAAGAUCUUAACCAUACCAACCAAUACAUUGUGGGACUAGCUCUUUGUGCUUUGGGCAAUAUAUGUUCAGCUGAAAUGGCUCGUGAUCUUGCCCCUGAAGUCGAAAGAUUGCUGCAAUUUCGAGAUCCAAAUAUUCGGAAGAAAGCAGCAUUAUGCUCAAUAAGGAUUGUAAAGAAAGUCCCAGACCUUGCAGAAAAUUUUGUGAACCCUGUUGUUUCCUUACUCAAAGAAAAACAUCAUGGAGUUCUUUUAACUGCAAUCCAGCUCUGUACAGAUCUCUGUAAUCUUAAUGAAGAGGCUCUUGAAUUUUUCAGGAAGAAAUGCACAGAGGGAUUAGUGAGAGUUCUGAAGGAUGUUGUCAACAGUCCAUAUGCUCCUGAAUAUGACAUUGCAGGGAUUGCAGACCCUUUUCUUCAUAUAAGGCUGCUUCGUCUGUUGCGUGUCUUGGGCCAUGGAGAUCCUGAUGCUAGUGAUUCUAUGAGUGAUAUUCUUGCUCAGGUGGCAACAAAAACCGAGUCGAACAAGAAUGCUGGAAAUGCAAUUUUAUAUGAAUGUGUAGAAACUAUCAUGAGCAUUGAAGAUAAUAGCGGCCUGCGUGUUCUUGCAAUCAAUAUUUUGGGACGAUUCUUGUCUAACCGUGACAACAAUAUCCGAUAUGUUGCAUUGAACAUGCUGAUGAAAGCAGUUUCAGUAGAUGAUCAAGCAGUGCAGAGACAUCGUGCAACAAUCUUAGAAUGUGUGAAGGAUUCAGAUGCUUCAAUUCGUAAAAGAGCUCUUGAACUUGUAUAUCUUCUGGUGAAUGAGAACAAUGUAAAACCUUUGACCAAGGAGUUAAUUGAUUAUCUGCACGUAAGUGACCAGGACUUUAAGGGAGAUCUCACUUCGAAAAUUUGCUCCAUUGUGGAGAAGCUUUCCCCAGACAAAAUUUGGUACAUUGACCAGAUGCUAAAGGUUCUCUCCGAGGCUGGAAAUCACGUUAAGGAUGAAGUAUGGCAUGCUCUUAUUGUUGUGAUAACCAAUGCUUCUAACCUCCAUGGAUAUACAGUGCGUUCACUCUACAAGGCACUCCAAACCUCAGCUGACCAGGAAACACUUGUUCGAGUGGCUGUAUGGUGUGUUGGAGAAUAUGGUGACAUGCUGGUAAACAGUAUUGGAAUGCUUGAUCUGGAGGAACCUAUAACUGUAACAGAGAAUGAUGCUGUGGAUGUUGUUGAAAUUGCAAUCAAGCGCCAUACAUCAGAUCUUACAACCAGAGCCAUGUGUUUGAUUGCUUUACUGAAACUGUCUUCCCGUUUCCCUUCUUGCUCACAGAGAAUAAAGGAUAUUGUUACUCAAUCUAAAGGAAGCCUUCUGCUUGAACUGCAGCAGAGGUCCAUCGAAAUUGAUUCUAUAAUUGGAAAGCAUCAGAACAUAAGGUCUGCCUUGGUUGAAAGGAUGCCGGUGCUUGAUGAAGCAACUUUCAGUGGAAGAAGAGCUGGCUCUAUUCCAGCAACUGUUUCAACUUCCCAGGGAACUUCUCUAAAUCUUCCUAAUGGAGUUGCUAAAACAGCUGCUGCUCCACUAGUAGACUUGUUGGAUUUGGCAGCAGAUGAACCUGCAGUACCCACCUCUUCGAGUGCCAACUUUCUUCAGGAUCUUCUUGAUAUUGGUGCACCUCCCCCUUCAUCACAAUCAGGUACAGCCCAGGCUCAAAAGAGUGGCACAGAUGUUCUGUUGGACUUGCUGUCAAUCGGGUCACCACCUCCCCAGAAUGGUUCAUCUGCACAUGACAUAUUAUCACUAAGUCAUGAUAAUAAGACUUCAGUUAGUCCAUUAGAUAGUCUUUCAUCAACUAUAGGGCAUUCUGUUCAACCCUCUUCUUCAACACGAAACGCCCCAGUGAUGGAUCUGUUAGACGGAUUUGGUUCUAGUCCUCCAGCACCUAAAGACAAUAUUCCUGCAUAUCCCCCAAUAGUUGCUUUUGAAAGCAGCUCUUUGAAGUUAAUGUUCAACUUUUCCAAGCAACCUGGAAGUCCACAUAUAACCGAAGUUGAAGCAAACUUCACAAACAAGUCUUCCGAUGUUUAUGCAGACUUCAUUUUCCAGGCAGCAGUUCCAAAGUUUCUUCAGUUGCAUUUAGAACCUGCCAGUAGUAACACUCUUCCUGGAAAUGGUAACGGGUCAAUAACUCAGAAGUUACGAGUAACCAACAAUCAACAUGGCAAGAAAUCAAUUGUUAUGCGCAUAAGAAUAAGUUACAAGUUGAACAACAAAAAUAUGUUGGAAGAAGGACAAAUCAGUAACUUCCCUCGUGACCUAUGAAGUUAAAGCAAAGAGCCUUUCUCAGAAGAUGAUACACAUGUUUGUAAGAAUUUUUUACCCUAGAGACGACUUGUCUUUUGUCACUGGUUUUGGUUUAAUGAUGUCAUUGUUUUUCUUUCUUCUGUUACACUGAGGGUGGGUUGGGUCUCUUGUACCAAUCAGGACAAUUAGUUAAAGAUUCGGAGCUUGGAUUUGUACAUUAAGAAGAAAAAUUGUUAUUGUAAUCAAAUUUUGUCAAGAUAGGCACAUAUAGGAGGAGCUCCAAGUUGAUUAUGGUGCAAGUUAUAGAUUCAGUUUGGAAAGCCUUGUUUGUUAAAACAAAUUCCAGUUUCUGUAAAAUUGAUAUUGCUUUUAGCCAUUCGAGUUUGAAGUGUUUCUGUAUUUGUGGAUUUAAA